CACGCGCCACCGGCCGGCAGCUUCCCAGCCCCGGUGCGCCCCUGCCCUGCGCCCCUGCCCCGCGCCCCUGCCCCGCACCCCGCGCGCCUCCCACGCACGCCCUGCGCUCCCGGCCACCGAGCGCCUCCAGGUCGCGGGGCGCAGUGGGCAUGGCCCGCUGGGGGCCCUCCGCGCUGGCGCUGGCCCUCGCGCUCCUGGAGGUGGCCCUGCCGGGGGCUGGGGCCCAGGGCGCGGCCCUCGAGGACCCCGGCUACGACGUGCAGGACACCUGGAGCCAGGAGCCCUACUAUGCGCGCGGGGAGCCGGAGCCCGAGCCCUUCUCCCCGCGGCUGCCCGUGGGGACCCUGGAGGAGGCGCAGGAGCCGCACCCACCCGCGCCCAGGCCGCCCAAGAAGGCGACCAAGGCCAGGAAGGCGCCCAAGAGGGAGAAGCUGGCUCCUGAGACGCCUCCGCCGGGUAAAAAUAGCAACAGAAGAGGCGUGAGAACCCAGAGCCCCGAGAAGGCUGCCAGCAACGAGCAGGGCGUCCCCGUGGCCCCCGGGGAUGUCAGGGCGGGGUGCCCGCCCCUCGGCCUGGAAACCUUAAAAAUCACCGACUUCCAGCUCCACGCGUCCACCGUGAAGCGCUAUGGCCUGGGCGCGCACCGCGGGCGGCUCAACAUCCAGGCAGGUGUCAGCGAGAACGACUUCUACGACGGGGCCUGGUGCGCGGGCAGGAACGACCUCCACCAGUGGAUCGAGGUGGACGCCCGGCGGCUGACCCGGUUCACGGCCGUCAUCACGCAGGGGCGGAACUCGCUGUGGCUGAGUGACUGGGUGACCUCCUACAAGGUCAUGGUGAGCAACGACAGCCACGCGUGGGUCACGGUGAAGAACGGGUCCGGAGACAUGGUGUUUGAGGGGAACAGUGAGAAGGAGGUCCCCGUCCUCAACGAGCUGCCGGUGCCCAUGGUGGCCCGCUACCUCCGCGUCAACCCGCAGUCCUGGUUCCAGGACGGGAGCAUCUGCCUGCGGCUGGAGGUCCUCGGCUGCCCGCUGCCCGACCCAAACAACUAUUACCACCGGCGCAACGAGAUGACCACCACGGACGACCUGGACUUCAGGCACCACAGCUACAAGGAGAUGCGCCAGUUGAUGAAGGUGGUGAGUGAGAUGUGCCCCAACAUCACCAGGAUCUACAACAUCGGCAAGAGCCAGCAGGGCCUGAAGCUGUACGCCGUGGAGAUCUCCGACCGGCCCGGGGAGCACGAAGUCGGGGAGCCCGAGUUCCACUACAUGGCGGGCGCCCACGGCAACGAGGUGCUGGGCCGCGAGCUGCUGCUGCUGCUGGUGCAGUUCCUGUGCCAGGAGUACCUGGCGGGCAACACGCGCAUCGUCCGCCUGGUGGAGGAGACCCGCAUCCACAUCGUCCCCUCCCUCAACCCCGACGGCUACGAGAAGGCCUCCGAGGGGGGCUCGGAGCUGGGGGGCUGGUCCCUGGGGCGCUGGACCCACGACGGGAUUGACAUCAACAACAACUUCCCCGACUUAAACUCGCCGCUCUGGGAGGCUGAGGCCCGACAGAGCAGCCCAAGGCCUGUGCCCAACCACCACAUCCCUGUCCCCGAGUGGUUCCUGUCGGAGAACGCCACGGUGGCGGCGGAGACCAGGGCGGUCAUCGCCUGGAUGGAGAAGGUCCCCUUCGUGCUGGGCGGCAACCUGCAGGGCGGCGAGCUGGUGGUGGCCUACCCCUACGACAUGGCCCGGUCCCCCUGGAAGACGCAGGAGCGCACGCCCACGCCCGACGACCACGUGUUCCGCUGGCUGGCCUACGCCUACGCCUCCACCCACCGCCUCAUGACCGACGCCCGCCGGCGCGUGUGCCACACCGAGGACUUCCAGAAGGAGGACGGCACCGUCAACGGGGCCUCCUGGCACACCGUGGCCGGAAGUCUCAACGACUUCAGCUACCUCCACACGAACUGCUUCGAGCUGUCCAUCUACGUGGGCUGUGACAAGUUCCCGCACGAGAGCGAGCUGCCCGAGGAGUGGGAGAACAACCGGGAGUCCCUGAUCGUGUUCAUGGAGCAGGUGCACCGCGGCAUCAAAGGCCUGGUGACGGAUUCCCACGGAAAAGGCAUCCCGGACGCCAUCAUCUCCGUCGAAGGCAUCAACCAUGACGUCCGAACAGCCAGCGAUGGCGAUUACUGGCGCCUCCUGAACCCCGGCGAGUAUGUGGUCACGGCCAAGGCGGAUGGCUUCAGCGCGUCCACCAAGAGCUGCAUGGUUGGCUACGACAUGGGCGCCACGCGGUGCGACUUCAGGCUCGGCAGGACCAACCUGGCCCGGAUCCGGGAGAUCAUGGAGACGUUCGGGCGGCAGCCUGGCAGCCUGCGCGCCCGGCAGCCCCGGCUCCGGGGGCGCAAGAGGCGGCAGCGCGGGUGACCUCCCGGCACUGAGCCAAGGCCCAGACCCCGCCGAGGACACCCUGGGGCCGUGGGGCCGUAGAGGACCCAUUGCCUGUAGGCUCUGUCGUUCCCGGAGGCUGGGAGAACCCACGCGUGCCCGGCAAGCCUGGUCCCGGGGCAGGCCCGCGGGUCGGGGUCUCCUUUCCUUCGUUCCCACGUAUCCAAAUAGCUUGGAAAGCCCAGCGGAGAAAGGCUGGCGGGUGCGGGCUCGGCCAGCCAGGCAGGAUCAGGGAGCGCGGGGCUGACCUGCCCGGGGCUCCUGGCUGCGUGGUGGGCCCAGCGCUUCCCCUGCUCGCGUGACAGGAGCCCCUCGUGUGUGCCAUGUGCCCGGCUGAAACCGCUGCCCCGGGCCUGCUGUCCCCGGUGUCACCCUUCCCGCUGCUCAGGGCAUGCUAGCAGAGGCCGCCCUCUCGGCCGGGCAUUCCCGCUGCUGCCCAGCAAGCCCAUGUCUGUCGACAACAGCGACAUCACCAAGCGAGCGGCAGGCGGCGGCCUCUGCGUCAGUUUCCCUUCUCUCUCAUCAGCGGGAGAAAGGCUGGAAUAAUUCCAGGGGAAGCCUGGGCAGCAGGCGUGCUCGGGGGCUGGUUGCAUGCAGACGGGGCUUACAGAGAACCCCCAAAUUCCCCCCUGGUGCGGCAGCCUGAGGGGCUCCCUGCUGGUGACAGGAGGAGGUGCUUCCCAUGAAACCACAUCUCGUCAGGCUCCUCUGUGAGCCGCUGGGACUUGGAAAGAGAUGCCGGCUGACCUGCGACCUCCCUCUGCCCCAGGCCCCCUCCUCCGUGGAGGUGCGCCCCUAAACUGCCCCACACGCAGGGGUCACGGUGGACACUCCCUCAGGAUUGUCCGCGGAGCCUCAUUCAGGGCGUAUUGGAAUGACCACGCGAGAAAACGCGUCUCGUUGUUAUUACUGUUGCUGCCUCGCUGACCCGGGAGAGUCAGGAAAUAAAGAAAGCAAAUGGG